AUGGACAAAAAGUCCUUUGAAAUGGUGCUGGAUGAAAUUAGAAAGGCUGUUUUGACAGAAUACAAAUUAAAAGCAAUUGAAUAUGUUCAUGGAUAUUUCUCUAGUGAACAGGUGGUUGAAUUACUGAGAUACUUCUCCUGGGCAGAACCUCAGUUGAAAGCAAUGAAAGCAUUACAACAUAAAAUGGUGGCUGUUCAUCCAGCAGAAGUGGUCAAAAUACUCAACUGUUUUACCUUCAGUAAAGACAAACUAGUUGCUCUUGAACUAUUAGCUUCAAACAUUGUUGAUGCACAAAAUUCUCGUCCCAUUGAAGAUUUAUUCAGGAUAAAUAUGUCUGAGAAGAAACGAUGUAAGAGAGUACUUGAACAGGCUUUCAAAGGAGGCUGCAAAGCUCCUCAUGCUAUGAUAUCUUCCUGUGGUACAAUCCCAGGAAAUCCAUAUCCCAAAGGAAAACCUAGUCGCAUAUAUGGAAUUUUCCCAGGAACCCCUUUGAAAAAAGAUGGUGAAGAAUGUACCAAUGAAGGCAAAGGAAUAGCUGCACGGAUUCUUGGACCAUCUAAACCACCUCCUUCAACAUACAAUCCACAUAAACCCGUUCCUUAUCCAAUACCUCCAUGCCGGCCACAUGCAACUAUUGCACCAAGUGCUUAUAACAAUGCAGGUCUAGUACCAUUAGCCAAUGUCAUAGCUCCUGGCGUACCCCCUCCACCUCCAUAUACUCCUAAUCCAGCAGGAACAGAAAAUGAAGAUCUUUCCAGUCAGUCAAAACCUACACAGAAUCAAACAUUUUCUGCCCCAGCAAAUCAACUCUUUUCUCCUCACUGUUCUAAUCCUGCAACACCUGCAGCAACUCCUGUUCCUACUGCAUCCCCUGUUAAGGCAGCAAAUCAUUCAUCGGUAUCAGCAACUGCCACAGUUUCUGGGUUGAACAUGCUUCCUGUGUUCCCAGGGCAGGUCUCCUCAGCUGUUCAUACAUCUCAGCCGUCAAUGCCAAAUCCAACAGUUAUCAGAACCCCUUCAUUACCAGCUGCACCUGUCACUUCUGUCCAUAGCACAAUGUCUAUUCCUGUUCCUUCAGUUUUUCCUGGCCUAGUUCCACUGCCAGGUUCUUCUGCCACUCCUACCCCACUCCCUCAGGCCACAUCUAUACCUCGGGCCACUCCUGCUUCUAAUGAGACAUUUGCUUCUACUUCUGCUUCUUUUGUUAGCCUUCCGUUUUCUGCCACCUCUACUAUUGGUUCUACCAACAGCCCAAAUCCUGCUUCGUUGUCAUCAGUUUUUGAAGGUCUCCCCUUGCCCUUAACACCAACAUCCCAAGGCAUGUCCAACCCAAAUCCUUCUGUAAUUGCUGGUGGUUCUGCUCCCAGUGUUGCUCGUCCACUUGGUCUAAAUAAUCCUCUUUUAUCUGCUUUAAAAGGCUUUCUGACAUCAAAGGAUACCAAUUUAAUAAACUCUUCUGCUUUAUCCACUGCUAUUACAAGUGGCCUGUCUUCACUCUCUUCUCUUACUAAUCACAACUCAGAUUCUCCUGCCUUAGCCUCUAAUAAGUGUUAUGCCCCAUCAGCCAUUCCCACCCCACAGGAGUCUUCUACUCCAGGAUUGGCCAUGUUCCCAGGCCUUUCCUCUCCUGUGGCCAACACAACUUCCUCUCCCCCUACUUUGCCUGUCCAGUCUCCUCUAGCUACUCCAAAAUCAGCUUUAACUUCAGGGUCAGUUAGCUCUGGCUCCUCGGCUACCCUUUUGCAUGGCCCCCAUCCAAGUAACUCAGACUUGCAUAUUACAGCCAGCACUGCUGUAGCAACUAUUUCUGCUACAAUAAAAGCUGAACCCAUAAGUCCUACUCCCUCAGCCUUUAAAGGUCCAUCUCAUUCUGUGAAUCCCUCUCAUAGCACUUUAGGUUUGUCAGGGACACUAGGUCAUGCAUAUACUUCAACAUCAGUACCCAUCAGUUUAUCUGCUUGCCUUAAUCCUGCAUUAUCAGGUCUUUCCAGUUUGAGUACUCCCUUGAAUGUUUCAAAUCCCCUUUCCUCUAUUUCCCUUCCACCACAUGGUUCCUCCACUCCAAUCACUCCAGUAUUCACUGCUCUUCCUCCCUUUACUUCUUUGACCAGUAAUUUUCCUUUGACAGGUAAUCCAUCUCUUAAUCCAUCAGUAUCUCUUCCAGGGACAUUAAUAGUCACCUCAUCUGCAACUGUCACAUCCAUAUCUAUCCCUCAUCCUAGUUCUACAUCAGCUAUUCUCUCAGGGCUUUCUGUCUCAGCACCAGUCUCAGCAACACCUUUCCCCCUUAACUUGUCAAAUGCUGUCCCUUCACUUUUUUCAGUUACUCAAGGACCUUUGCCAUCUUCAAAUCCAUCCUACCCUGGCUUUUCUGUCUCUAACACCCCCAGUGUUACCCCUGCUCUCCCUUCAUUCCCGGGGCUGCAGGCACCCCCUACAGUUUCAGCAGUCACACCACUGCCUGUCACUGCUACAGCCCCAUCACCAGCUCCUGUCCUCCCAGGAUUCGCUUCAGCUUUUAGUUCCAAUUUCAACUCUGCUCUUGUUGCACAAGCCAGCUUAUCAUCUGGACUUCAAACUGCAGGCAGUUCUGUUUUUCCAGGCCUUUUGUCCCUCCCAGGUAUCCCUGGAUUUUCCCAGAACCCUUCACAGUCAUCCUUGCAAGAAUUGCAGCAUAAUGCAGCUGCACAGUCAGCAUUGUUGCAGCAGGUCCAUUCAGCUUCAGCUCUGGAAAGCUAUCCAACUCAGCCGGAUGGGUUUCCUAGUUUUUCUUCAACGUCAGGAACACCAUUCUCUUUGCAACCAGGCCUGUCCCAAAGUGGUUGGCAGUGA